GGUCGGUGUGCAUCGUCACAAUCAGUUCGGCUCGGAGAGCGAACGGCACCCCGAACAACCGGUCUCACUUUCGCUUCUCCAUUCUUCCCUUUCCCCUUUUAUUGCAUUGCCUUGUCAGCUACCAAAUAUGUCAGCCAGGCCGGGAUUCUACCGACAGGAGCUGAAUAAGACGGUAUGGGAGGUGCCGGAGCGAUACCAGAACCUUACGCCAGUUGGAUCCGGAGCAUACGGUUCGGUGUGUUCGGCCUACGACGUGGUCCUGAGGCAGAAGGUGGCGGUGAAGAAGCUGUCGCGGCCUUUCCAGUCGCUAGUCCACAGUCGCCGCUCAUACCGGGAACUCCGGCUCCUCAAGCACAUGAAACAUGAGAAUGUCAUCGGCCUGCUGGAUGUCUUCACUCCUGCUGCAGCGUUGGAAGACUUCAAUGAACUCUAUCUGGUGACUAACCUGAUGGGCGCCGACCUCAAUAACAUUGUCAAAUUUCAAAGGUUGUCCGACGAGCACGUCCAGUUUUUGAUUUACCAGCUCCUGCGUGGGCUAAAGUACAUCCAUUCAGCGGGAUUGAUUCACAGAGACCUCAAGCCAAGUAACGUGGCGGUGAAUGAAGACUGCGAGCUGAGGAUCCUCGACUUUGGCCUGGCCCGGCAAACGGACGACGAGAUGACGGGCUACGUGGCGACUCGCUGGUAUCGGGCGCCGGAAAUCAUGCUGAACUGGAUGCACUACAAUCAAAAUGUUGAUAUUUGGUCUGUUGGAUGCAUUAUGGGAGAGCUGCUGAAAGGAAAAGUGCUUUUUCCCGGCACGGACUAUAUCGACCAGCUGAAGAGAAUCAUGGAGAUGGUCGGGACGCCGACCCCGGACCUCUUGGAGAAGAUCUGCUCUGAGCAUGCACAGAAGUACAUCCAGUCUCUGCCUUUCAUGCCUCAGCAAGACCUGGAGAAGAUCUUCCGGGGAGCAAAUCCAUUAGCGGUCGAUCUGCUGAAGCGAAUGCUGGUCCUGGACUGCGAUGGCAGGAUCUCGGCCAGCGCGGCUCUGGCCCACCCUUAUUUCUCGCAGUACCACGACCCGGACGACGAACCCGAAGCUCCGCCUUACGACCAAACCCUCGAGAGUAAAGACCGCACUCUGGAAGAAUGGAAAGAGUUGGUGUUUACAGAGGUGAACGGCUUCAAAGCGUCGACCGGCAAGUCCGGCAGCCUUCAGGUGGAGCAGUGACUCAAGGAGUCGGCACGUUUCACAAUCACAGGGAAGAUUUAAGGUCAAAAGUUGCUCGCUGUUGCGUUUCCCUUUCCGCGAGACCGAAAGAGGAACAACACGGCUCUCGGUGGUGAUUCAUACGAGAAAGCAACUUUGGAACGAGACACGCUAGGAUUUCCAAAGAGAGAGCACAACAGCAUUGUUGCGAGGAAAAAUAAAAAAUAAAAAAAGCUUCGCAUUUAGCCCGCAUACUGCAUGAGGGUACCUUAACGGAAACAUAUCGCACACGUGCUUGAUAUACGCCGAGAGGUCCGUUUACAGUUAAGUUAAAAAUGCACAAUGAUUAAUUUUUCCAGAGUCAUCGCCCGCGCAGUUUUUACCAUGGAAUUCCUUACAGUUUAUGAGGAAUGCAAAAGGGGGGGGGGGGGGAAUGUGAACCUUGACCUUGUAGAAUUUCAGGGUGAAGGUUUUAGUCUUUGAAUGUUGGAUAUUUCUACAUGUUUGAAUGUAAAAUUGUAUCCAAGUAAUGUCGCAGUGGCUUCUGGAUCGUCGGUGGAGACGUUCACAGGUAGCAUGGAAUGUUUUUUUUUUUUUUUUGGGGGGGGGGGCAGUAUGAAUUUUAUGUUCUGUAUUUCUGUUAUGAACACUUUGUUCGACCUAAGGUAUGUUUUAAUUGUCAGACCAUUUAAAUUUUGACGUCAUAAAUGAAGGCUGUUGUGUCAUU